AUGAUACGAGACACGUACCUGACCCUCCAAGAUCCUAAUGGGGCAGUGAGGAGCUUCCAUGACUUGAAGACCCAAUGGGGGUUUUCUCAGUUUCUGUCCUUGGAAACAUUCAAAGAGGCUUCCAAUGGAUACCUUGUGGGCGACUCUUGUAUAUUUGGGGCCGAGGUUUUUGUUAUCAAAUCUACUGGCAAAUGGGAGUCUCUUACCAUGAUCGAAAACCCGCCAAUCAUGACCUUCACUUGGAAGAUGCAAAGCUUCUCCAAAUUAGACCAGAGCAUUUACUAUUCUGACGCCUUCACUGUUGGAGAGAGUCGUUGGAAGCUCCAAGUGUAUCCCAAAGGCUAUGGAUCCCUUAAAGGGAAGUCGUUUUCCGUUUUCUUACUUUUACUUGGUAAUAAAGACUUUCCUCCCAAGAGAAAAGUGUAUCGCGAGUGCAAUCUGCGCGUGUUGGACCAACUGAAUGAUAACCAUAUGGAGAGAAAAAAUUCCAGUAGGGGUUACACAGCCUUCGUGCCCUUGGAGGAUCUGCAGAAACCGGCAAAAGGGUUCAUUUACGAGGAUGUUCUGAUUGUUCAAGUCCAAAUCCUCAUCGUAUCAUCUGUCAAAGUUGUAGGAGUUCGAUGA